AUGAACCCAAGAGAGCACUGUAAGGUAGUUAUAUUGAGGAGUGGAAGGAUUUUAGAACAGUCAGAGGAAGAACCAACUGAGAGAACCUUUGAUAAAUCUAAAAACCAAACAAAGGAUAAAAAGGAAGAAACUAAAGAGAAGCAAGAAGAGGAAGCAAGGAAGGAAAAGAAGAAACUCUAUAUAAACAUUCCUUUUACAGAAGCACUCUCUCAAAUGCCAUCUUAUGCCAAGUUCCUCAAAGACAUUUUGUCAAAGAAAAGAAGGCUGAAUGACUAUGAGACUGUUGCUUUUACGGAGGAAUGCAGUGCCAUAUUGCAAAAUAAGCUGCCACCAAAACUCAAGGAUCCAAGAAGCUUCUCCAUACUUUGUCUUAUCGGUAACAUCAAUAUAGACAAAACCCUCUGUGAUCUAGAUGUAAGUGUGAGUCUGAUGCCUUUGUUAAUAUGCAUUCUAGAAAACAUUCCUAUCAAGGUGGGAAAAUUCUUUAUCCCAAUUGAUUUUGUUGUACUGAAAAUGGAGGAGGACGUCCAAAUCCCUAUAAUCCUGGAAAGACCUUUUUUAGCAACUGCUGGAGCUAUCAUAGACGUUAAGAAUGGACUACUAACUCUCAAGGUAGGAGAUGAAGAAGUGGAGUUCAACCUGUUCAGCGCAAUGAAGCACAAACUUGAACCUGAUGAAUGCUUUAAGGUUGAUAUAGUUGACAAGCAAGUUGAAGAGGAAUUCAUUAAAGCACAUCCUGAAGAUCCUCUAGGAGCAUCCAUCGUGCACAGCCACAUAGCAAAGAAGGAGAACACAGAGAUUGCAGCUUGUGCGCAAUCCUUGGCAGCUAAUCCACCCCUACUAUUAGCUCAAGUUUUCGCUAUAGAAGAGUUAAAGGAAGAACAGCCCAAAAGCAAGCUUCAGGAAAACACCAAACAAGUAGAACUGGACUCAAAUUCUAAAUAUCUUGUUAUUAUCAAUGCUAGUCUAUCUGAAAUAGAAGAGGAAAAAUUGCUAAGGGUACUUAGGACCCAUAGUUAG